AUGAAGCACUGUUGGAAGAUUUUUGUCCUUUGGGUCUUCUGGGUGUUCAUCUUGUGGCUGGUGAUCUCCUACCUGGAUCUGACAGCUGAAUCAUCAUCCCAGGAGAAACGGAUGUACCUGAUACCAUGGCAUCGCAACUGCUCUUGGUUUAAAUUCGGGAAGUGUGGCUGCCUAUUUGGGAACCUCAGCUGCUCCUCCUGUCACCACACAGUCAGAGAAUGGAGCUGGUUUGAAGCAUGUCAUGAAAAGACCACAGGGUAUCUGACAAAGACAAAAGUUCUCUGAUGGAUGAACCAGGCUCCUGUGCAGGACCUUGAGGCAGAUAUGGGGAACCAAAUCACAGGACCUUUCAUCUGUCCCAGCAAUGCCAGUGACCAGGGUUCCUGGAAGCAGCUGCUAUAA